UUGAGUAGCAAGAAAAACAAUGGCACCUUUCUGGUCGCCAGAGCCACACCACCUCCUCGUCUCCUUUCUUGUCUUGCUUCUCUCCUUGCUCUUCUGCUUCAUCAAGUUGAGGAGUCCAAAGACUGUACCAAACCUUCCAACGGAAUGGCCCCUGGUUGGCAUGCUCCCUUCCGUUGUCGCCAACCUCCAUCACUUCCAUGACUACACCACCGCCUUCCUCGCCGCUUCCGGCAGUAGUUUUGUGUUUCGUGGGCCUGCCAUGCACUUCUUCAUCACCUGCGACCCAGCCAAUGUCCGCCACAUCUUCGUCUCCAACUUCACAAACUAUCCCAAGGGCGAGGAGUUCGCUGCCAUCUUCGACGCCAUGGGGAACAGCUUCUUCAACGCGGACGGCGAGUCAUGGCGCCGCCAGCGUGGCAGAGUGCAGCACCUCAUGUCAAGCCCACAGCUGCUGGCUUACAUGGCCCGCUGCUGCCGCGAUAAGUUGGAGAAAGGCCUCCUCCCCUUCUUGGCGCGCAUGGACAGCCUAACCCCGUUCGAUAUGCAGGACCUGUUUACCAGGUUCACAUUCGACAUGACGGCCAUGUCGGUCUUCGGGGUCGACCCUGGCCUUCUGACCGCCGAUAUGCCACCUGUAAUUGUGCCUGACGCCAUGGAAGCUGUCAUGGAUGUAGGCUUCUUCCGGAACAUGGUGCCGGUAUCUUGCUGGAAGUUGAUGAAGCGUCUAAAAAUUGGCCCAGAGCGGAAGCUCGCCGCGGCGCAAUUGGAGCUGUGCCGGUUUGUUACAGAGAUGAUGGAGAAAAGGGGAGAUGGAUCGGUCCACAUGGAUGAAGAGCAAGAGAACAGUAAUGUCGAAAUAGUUUCUUCCUACAUCCAUGACCCGGAGUAUAUUGACGACCAAGGAAAACCUAAUGGCUUCAUGUACGCCACCCUGAUCAAUUACAUGUUUGCUGGACGUGACACGGUCGGCACGACCCUCACCUGGCUCUUCUACAAUCUCAUCAAACACCCGCACAUCGUGUCGAGCAUUAGAAGAGAACUAGCUCCCAUUGCCAUGCACAAAGCAAACAACUCGACCACCAUGGUAACCUUUGAGCCAGAGGAGACCGAACCGCUCGUCUACCUGCACGCGGCAUUGUUCGAAUCCAUGAGGCUGUACCCACCGGGCCCCAUUGAGCGGAAGAUGGUGAUGACCGAUGACGUACUGCCGAGCGGUCACAAGGUGCAAAGGGGUGAAACCAUCCUGAUUUCACUCUACUCAAUGGGCAGGAUGGAAGGUGUGUGGGGCAAGGAUUGUAGGGAGUACCGCCCAGAAAGGUGGGUCAAAGAGGAUGGCAAGCUUGUGUACGUACCGUCCUACAAGUUCCUAGCAUUCAAUGCCGGGCCGAGAUCGUGCUUGGGCAAGAACAUCUCGGUAGUGCAGAUGAAGAGUGUCGUUGCCGCCAUGGUGUGGAACUUCGAUUUUGAGAUGGUGGGAGGGUACGUUGUAGAGCCAAAGCCAUCAGUUGUGCUCAAGAUGAAGAAUGGGUUGUGGGCCAAGAUCCUCAAAAGGCGGAUCGGAUGAAUGACAAUACCAACCCAGCAGUACCGUGUAAUUUAUCGAAGCUUCUUUUAUUGAUUCUAAGUUUAUAAGUAUACACUCUUCCUUGCAGAUGCAUGGGUGCGCGUAAUGUAAAGUUUUAGAGUAUUUGUGGAUAUCCCCACAAUGUAAGAGUUACAAUAGGUUGCCCCCCGUUUGUUGUAAUUUCCUUGUACUAAAAAGGAUCCAUCGUACUAAAAAAA